CCUCACUCCACUAUCAGUGUCCGAUGGGUCUGUUGAGAUAAAGUCGCAAUGCUGCUCGUGUACGAAAAGAAAUUAAACCACGGACGCAAUUGCUUCCAGCGUUCCCUCCUUUCAGCGACAUCGAUUGGCUAGCCGCAAAUGGCAAACAUCUACGCCCACGCCGACGAAGACCAACUCCAGAAGGAUGCUUCCUCCUCCUUGUUAACAUAUGGCGCCAAGUUCCACCCAGAAAUUAUCACUCGCGCCAAUGGCAUCUAUAUCUACACUGCAUCCGGUCACCGAUUACUGGACUGGAUUUCGGGGCAGAUGUCGUGCUUGAUCGGCCACGGGAACCCUGAGGUUGUGGAGGUGAUCAAGAACCAUGCUGCAUCUCUCGACCACGUCUUCAGCGCCAUGUUGACACCGCCCGUGAUCUCCCUAGCCAAGAGACUGACAAGCCUCACACCUCCUGGAUUGGACAAGGCCAUGUUCCUCAGUACGGGCGGAGAAAGCAACGAGGCUGCGAUCCGGUUAGCCAAAUUCUACACGAACAAGUUUGAAAUUGUCGGCCUGAGCGCGAGUUGGCACGGCGUCACUGCCGGAGCCAUGGGCGCGCAGUAUCAUUCAGGGAGGAGCGGAUACGGGCCGAAUAUGCCAGGCAACUUCGCUCUCCCGGCCCCCAACGCCUACCGCUCCAUCUUCCGCCACCCAGACGGAACCUACGACUGGAAGACCGAACUUAAAUACGGCUUCUCCCUCAUCGACCGCCAAUCCUGCGGCUCCCUCGCCGCCGUAAUCCUAGAACCUAUCCUCUCCUCAGGCGGCAUGCAUCCUCUCCCACCCGGCUACCUCACCCACCUCCGCCACGAAUGCAACCUUCGCAACAUGCUCAUCAUAGUCGACGAAGCCCAAACCGCCAUCGGGCGCGCAGGCUCCAUGUUCGCCUUCCAGCACGACUCCCCUACCUUCGUCCCAGACAUCCUGACCCUCAGCAAAACGCUCGGAAACGGCAUCCCCCUCAGCGCCAUCGUAACCAGCAACAAAAUCGCCGAUUUCGCCAAGGAAAAGGGUUUCUCCCUCUACACCACCCAUCUCAACGAUCCCCUCCCCGCCGCCGUUGGCGACAAAGUCCUCGAGAUCGUCGUCCGCGAUAACCUCGUGCAGCGCUCGCGUGACCUGGGCAAGAUGUUGCAAGCUGGUCUGCGCCGCCUUCAAUCGCGUUAUGGGUGUAUUGGGGACGUGCGGGGCCGCGGACUCAUGGCCGGCAUAGAAAUCGUCACCGACAGAGCAAAAAAGACGCCGGGGUUGGAUCUGGGCGAUCGCAUUGGGGAGCGCAUGAGCAAGUUGGGGCUGUGGGCGCAAUUGGGCACGCAGAGGAGUUUCUCGGGCGUGUUUAGGAUUGCGCCGCCGAUUACGAUUAGGGAGGAGGAACUUAGGGAGGGGUUGCGGAUUAUGGAGAGGGCGUUCAAGGAGACUGAGGGCAGCUUGCCGUUGUAUGAUAUGGUGGGGGAGGGGAGGGGAGGUGUGAGGGAAAGGUUGUGAGGGUACGUACCGUGGCUUAGGUUCGCUUCGUGGACGGUGUAAGCGCAAGAGCAAAAUGUGAACACACUCUGCGUACACGAAAGGGCAGGAUAUACCUGUUCGAUUCUGGAUUGGGCCCAUUGCCGUUGCAGCAAGGCCCUGAAGUACAAAGGUUAGCUGCAGGAUCGCGUGCAUAAUAAAUGAAUCAUGAGCAAUCCG